AUGGCGAUCAUGAGAAAACUUGUCUGCGGGCUUCUCGCCUUGUUUCCUAUUGCCAAAGCGGUCAUAUUCAAGCCGCAAAAUGAGUUUCAGGCUCUUUUUGGAACAAAUGCGUCCUUUGCAGUGGACUUGCGGCCAUGGUUUAAUAACCGGGCCUUUGGAUUGAAGCCCAAUGAUUCCAGUUUCGAUGGCCAGGGGAACUCUUACCCGGCAGAAGAAAUGCCACCUGAGACAUUCUCAUACGGAGGAUUCAACUAUCGCUUUUCGGCAUACAACGCUUCUGGCAACGACAAUGUGCUAGUCCACGGCCAGGAAAUAGAGGUCCCCCGUGGAAAGUACUUCAGCUAUCAGAUGCUUGCUGCUUCAGAUACCGGAAUGGCAUCUGGAUCGGUGACUGCGAAAUACGAGGAUGGUAGUAACACCACCGGUGCGCUGCUGGUCCCGGCCUGGUGGAGUUGGCCAUAUCCUGCUGGAGGAGACUUGGUCUUCUCCUCUUACUUGACCGAAAACAAUACCAACUACAAUAGAUCCAAUAUUUUCCAAACCAUUAACUGGCUCGACUCAUCAAGAGAACUGGUCUCGUUAACUUUCCCCAAAUCCUCAUCGGGAUCAUCUACUUCCCCAGGAGGGGCGUCUGUGAACACAGUGCUCCACAUUUUUGCCUUGUCGAUGCUACCGGUGUCGAAGAACAGCUCGCGCUCAAUCCAAUUGGAGACACAAUAUGGUCGCUCAACUCAGAAGUGGAUGGAGGGCUCCGACAAAGUACAGAUCGUCGAGGUUCUUGUCAAUAACUUUGGGUCUUCGUUCGUCUUACGGAAUGAUAGUGUGCGUGUGCACAUCGAGUCUCCAAGUCUGGAAACUGUCACAGAAGGCACUAUUCAUCGCCUUGGACCCGGUGACCAAGCCAUAGUCGAGGUCGGGGUUCAGAACCGCUGUGGAGUGACACCGGGAACUACCGGCCCAGCGACCGUGGUCGUCCAUGGUCAGAAUGUUGCAUCUGUCAACUAUACCUUCCAGGCAACCUACGGCAUCAGUCCUUAUGAAGCUACUUAUGAGUCGGUGUACAGCCACGAAUCACCAAACUGGUAUAACAAUGCUAAAUAUGGUAUUUUCAUCCACUGGGGGAUCUACUCGGUGCCCGGCUGGGGCAACUCGGGGUCCAAAGAGAACUACGCGGAAUGGUACUGGUGGUGGCUGAACCAGGGGCCGAACCUUCCAACUGAUGUAUAUGAUUACCACCUGAAGACAUACGGACCGGACGUCGUGUAUGACGACUUUAUCCAAAACUUCACGGCAGAUGCCUGGGAUCCCAAAGAGUGGGUAGAUCUCUUUGCCGAUGCAGGUGCCAAUUACUUCGUCCAAGUCAGCAAACACCAUGAGGGGUACUCGCUGUUUGACCUUCCGGAGAAUGUGACGAAAAGAACUUCGGUGGCUCUAACACCACACCGUAACCUGGUGCAGGAACUUCUCAACGCGUCAAAGGAAUACCAGCCACAUCUGCACCGCGCGGUAUAUUACUCUCUACCAGAGUGGUUCAAUCCCGAUUACAAGAAAUAUGGAUUUUCGACAUGGCCCGGAGGAAACGCCACCAACCCAUUCACGAACGAGACGCUGCCUUAUACGGGAUACGUGCCGGUCAAUGACUACAUCGCCGACAAGAUGCUCCCCGAGAUGAACACACUGGCCGACAUGGGCACGGAGAUUAUGUGGUGUGACAUCGGUGGACCCAACCGCACUCUUGAAUUUGCAUCCGAAUGGUUCAAUCGGGCAGCCGAUCAAAAUCGACAAGUUGUCAUGAACUCCCGCUGUGGCCUUCCGGGGGACUUCGAUACUCCAGAGUAUGCUCGAUACAACGGAAUCCAGACCCGGAAGUGGGAGAGCAACUUGGGAAUGGAUCCAUUCAGUUACGGCUACAAUCGAGCGACAGCUCUGGCGAGCUAUAUGAAUGCCACUACAAUCGUGACUAGCCUCGUCGAUAUCGUCAGCAAGAAUGGAAACUUUCUUCUCGAUGUUGGCCCCACUGCCAAUGGAACAAUUUUGGAUGUGGAGCAACAACAUCUGCGCCAGGCCGGCACUUGGAUCAAGAGCCAUGCCGAGGCCAUCUUCAACACCACCUACUGGUUCGUCACCCCCGAGGAAGGAGACGAAGUUAGAUUCACCACGUCGCAAGAAGCGUUCUAUAUCCACACUCUCGCCAAACCCAACAGCACUCUGACCUUGUCGAGUCCUAUUCCCUAUGUGCCCGGUGACCAGGUGACGGUUGUGGGAGGAAACAUGCACGGAACAGUGGUGCCGAGCGCAAAGUCCAGCAAUGGCUCGGUAACAUUGUCUGUCAGCAAGGAGGUUGCAGCUGCAGACCAAUUUGCCUGGGUGUUUAAGAUUGCAUAUUAA